GCGGAGUUUUUUUCUCUCUCUCCCUGCAGCUGGAAGCGCAGAGGAAAGCUGGUGGGUGACACGGCGAAGGAAUCCGGAUAUGAUGAAAAUGUUUCAGAGAAAACUAUUCACAGCAAACUGCUGUUGGUGACUGCCGUCUUAUAGAGUUUGGAUUUGGUGAACUGUGGCUUUUUGAGAUCAUUACGAUUGUUGCUAUAAACUGCGAUCGCACGUGGGAUAAGCAAGAAGAAAAAGAACGAGGCGUUGGAGACAAACCCAGAACUUUUUAAGUUGUUCGCGCGUAGUUCGAGUUUCCGCGCUUUCUCUGAGCGCAAAGUUUUCCAAAAGGUCCGAGGAAAACCACGGAGGGAUGAGGACAAAUCGGGACUGAAGUGCAGAGUUGUCAUGGUUGAAAGUGCUGAGGAAAGGGAGGGAUUAUAGCAUUAUCAUCGGUGUGUUUCUGCAACACAACACGACAGUCUCAUGUCCAAAGAGACUGUACUUCCUCCGGAUGGGUCUGCUGAAGGGCUGGACCCACAUCAAGAAGUACACUCACGUCUGUCCGGCUGUCACGAUGACGGUGAGGGCCGACCGUCAGGAAGUACCAAACGGACCAAGAAGACACAGUCCCCCAGGGGCCCGCCCUCUAAAGGCCAUGUGACGCAGGAAGAGGAGGAGGAGGAGCCUGUGAGAACCUGGAUGGCCUCAGCCGGCGGGAGAGAGCCUGGAAGGCUUCAUCUUAGGGCACCAAGGAGAUCUUCCAUGGGAAUCGCUCAGCCCCAGCGAAGUCCCUCGGAGCCGGGCCAGAGAGACGCCUCCCGCUGCCACAACGGCCUCCGCUACAACACGGUCAGCACCUCUAAGCAAAGCCCCAGUGACCAGGACGCCCAGCCCGGCGCCGACGACGCCAACGCCCCCGCCGAACACACCAUGGUCCCUCCCAUGUGCACUUGCGGCGCCAACUUCGCUCCGAACGGCGAGAACGGCGGCCAAACUCCCGGCGUGAGGCCAACGUCGGAGCAGCCGCGCAGACAGCCGUCCAUGCCCGUGUCCCAGAAGAUGACGCGCAAGCUGAGGUCCAGCUUGUCGGUGAACAGCGAUAGCAGCAGCUCGCAGAAACCGCCACUACCCGAGGACUGCUGCGUGCACUGCAUCCUGGCCUGCCUCUUCUGCGAGUUCCUGGCGCUGUGCAACAUGGUGGCCACGCAGGCGUCGUGCGGCGUGUGCACGCCCGAGGUCUGCUGCUGUUGCUGCGGCGACGAGGCGGGCGACGACUGCAACUGCCCGUGCGACAUGGACUGCGGCAUCAUGGACGCGUGCUGCGAGUCCUCGGACUGCCUGGAGAUCUGCAUGGAGUGCUGCGGCAUCUGCUUCCCCACAUAGGAAGUGCUGGGGGCCACGGUGGGGAGGAAGUGGACGAGGAGGAGGAGGAAGAGGAGGAGGGGUCGAGUUCCUGUCGUCCUCUGACCCGGCCCGUCACACUUCCUGUCACGGUUUUUAAGUUUGGGGGGAUUCCAACCUGAGGGUGGAUGAAUAGGGGGUGUGUGUGUGUGUGUGUGUGUGUGUGUGUGUGUGUGUGUGUGUGUGUGUGUGUGUGUGUGUGUGUGUGUGUGUGUGUGUGUGUGUGUGUGUGUGAAAACUGUUUGUGGUGCUAUGAGUGUAUCAAGUUAUGUUAGUGUGUGUGUUGAGUUCCUGUGUGUGUGAGUUUGUGUUGUUGGAGUCAUAGAUAAUGUGCGUGUGUGUGUGUGUGUCUAAUCCUGUCUGAUACCCUCUUCCCCACAGCAGUCUAAACAGGGGUCAAUAAAGAUUCAACUCUCAUUGACGCAAACCACAGGGUAUAAAAAAAUGCAAUGUUUUUUAUAUGUCCGUGUAUGUCACAUAACAUUGUGGAAGCUGUUCAUCUGUAGCUGUUGAUAUGCUUUUUGAAUCAUUAUCAUAGGUGAUAAUUUAGUAGAGUGUGAGGUCUUUACAGUUGUGUUCCAUUUCUGCAACGCCUUUACUCCUUCGAUUUCCAAUAACUCAACUACUGUAGCUUGUUAGAAUUGCGUACCUGAGUACAAAUCUAUAGAACUGGAUCGGUGUGAAACAGGAAAAACCAAAAUAUCAAAAACUCUACGUGUUUCUUUUUAUUUACCUGGAACAUAUGCUUCAUAAGUUUCCACGUGUUAGAUUGUGCUUGUGGACCAUUAAUGUAGUUAUUUUUAUAUAUUUCAUAGGUUCUUGAAUUCCAAUUUCGUAUAUUUUGACUGGCUACAAACUGCACAGAAUGGCUGUUGACAUUUUUACAUUUCGGAAGUAUUAGAAAUACCAAAUGAUGUAUCAUACCAAAGACUCUUCAUCUCUAUCUAAAUCAUUUUAUUAUGUUUGAAUUGGAAUUGGAGUCUUGCCUUGACUGGAUUUACUGGUGUUAGAAUUGGGUAGUAUUGGAUUUACUGGAACUAUCGUAAAAAUACAUUCCAUCAUAUUUAACGGGUUUGACUAGUUCUCUAAAGAGUAUAAGACGUUUGGGGAUAAAGUGUAAUUGGCAAUUCCCUAUUUUUACCUUUUAAAAUGACAGGGGUUUGUCAGUUACACAUUGCACAGUGUUACCCUUUGGUAUUUUUUUCACAAACAAUGCACAGUGGCUGUUGUUAAUACUUGACAUGUUUUAAACUGCACUCUGAAAAGAAAAUGGCCUCCCUGAGAAAUUAAAAAACAAAAAUCUCCCGGCAGUGGGUUGUCCAUAAGAAGCCUUCAGGUUUCAACGCCUGUUGAUUAACAAUACAAAUCAUAGAACUGUCAGGACGCCAAAAAACGGUAUUAAGUUAAAUCAGGGUAAAAGUGACUAGUACAACUUUUAUUGUUUUUCUUACAUUUCAUUACGGGAAGAACCCUAUUCUGUGUGUAUAUUUUUUUGUAUGUUGUGAAUUGCCGUGCCGGGGGGGGGGGGGGAGAAUGCACUCGACUUUGAUGUCGUUUAAGUGAUGCUACUUAAUUCUGGCCCAUCAUUAGCCGUCGCCUCGUGAAUGGCAACGAGAAUAGAAAAAGAAAAACAUAAAAAAAAUGGUCCCUUCUUUCUAAGCCAUCAAAGAUAUUAUGCUGUCAAGUCCACGUCUGUUGUUGUAUUGUUCAGAGGCCUCUCUGUGCUAGAUAAUAAGUAAGAAAAAAAUCAUCUUCAUUAAUGUUUCCUUUUAGCCGUACUUUUCGUGGUUUAUAUUUAGAUAAUGUGAAGGAUUUAUUUGCCACCGAGUAUAAGUAGACAACUAGACAUCCAUGUAACUCAUUCACUUCCCAUACUGUAUUGUUUUACUGGGUUCUAUAGAUCCUGUCAGCUGUACCUGAUCCAAUCGGCUCAUUCGUACCUCUCUCUCUUGUCUCUUGAUUGGUCCGCCGUCGUCCAACAUCCUGUAACUGGACUUCAAUUGGUUGUUGCCUUUAUCUGCAUUCUUGUGUCAGAAAUAAAGCAAUGCUGAAAAAACAA